UAAAGUCUAUGCGCCGUAAGGGCCUUGUGAUGUCACGGUCAGGUGACAUGCUAAAGUCAUGUGGGAUUGACUACCAGUCGACUUGUCCCUCCCGUGACGUAAUAUCUGUGCGCUUUCAUUUUAAAGUACAGUUUGAGGAGAAAAACAAAACAUGGGGGUGACAUGUGUCACACAGUUUCCAUUGGCAGAAGGGAAAAGUGUGCAGCAAACUGUUGAAAUCCUUACUCGCAAACUGGAGCAGCUGGGAGCUGAGAAACAAGGGACGUUCUUUGUGGACUGUGAGACCUACCACACUGCAGGGACCACUGUGGGGUCAACAGGUCAGUCUGGAAAACUUCUGUACAUCAUGCACUGCUCGGAAUACCCCCUCAGUACCUUCGCUCUGUUUGAGAAUGGUCCCUGCUUAGUUGCUGACCAGAACCUGGAUGUACUGAUGAUAAAACUUAAAGGAUUCUUCCAAAAUGCAAAAGCCAACAAGAUGGAGACACGCGGCACACGUUACCAGUAUUGUGAUUUCCUUGUCAAGAUUGGCACAGUCACUAUGGGACAGAGUGGUCGAGGGAUAUCUGUAGAGGUGGAUUAUUGCCCUUGCGCUGUGCCAGGGGACUGCUGGAAUCUGAUGGUGGAGUUUAUGCAGAGUUUAAUGGGUAGUCAUGCGCCAACAGUUCCCCCCGUUUUCAACUCCAAACACGAUGCACUGUAUACACCUGCAGACACCAUGGUGCAGUACAUGGAGCUACUUAACAAGAUCCGCAAGCACCAGCAGGGAACAGUGACUGGAAUGAGAUUAUGAGACUUGCACAGCUCUCUAUUUUUUAAUGGAGAAGUUGACCUCUUCACAACAAAGGCCUUUUGGGUAGGAGGAAGGAUAUUUUUAUUGAAAAGGACUUUAGAUAUCUGUUGCAAAAGUCUUUUUGAGUAGCUGAUAAUGUACAGGACAAAAAUAGUUACUUUUCAAGUAUUUUUCAAGUGGAUGUCUUGUUGGCAUCAUUGUAGAUCACUGUUCCAAAUAAUGUACAAAGUGAGUGACAUCUUGUGAAAAGGGUACUACAUCAUUUAAUAUGGUAUUACAACAAUUCAGAUGGUGAUUGUGUUUUAUACCUUGGUUUCUAUAAAGACUGUUGAGAAAAUGUGGACAGUUUGGAGGUAUAGCCAAGGCUGACCAGAUCCACAAAUCCUGCCGAAACAGUUAUCUAUUUUUAAAGUGUAACUAACCUUAUGAACAUGGUUUUUAUAAAAAAAAAAAAAGAAAAAUAUUCAUUUUUGUAAUAUACUUUACUUAUUUUACUGUUUUAGUGUCCUGCGUCUUUUAACAGAGCAGUCACAGGCAGGGGCUCUGCCUAGAACAUUGCUGCUGCUACCUGUGCCCGCUCUCAUACAGCCUAUCAUAGCAUAUUAAACGAGGGUGCCUAAUAGGUCAUUAAAACAGUAAGCUAAUUCAAGUGAGCUAAUUCAAAAUGAGUUAUGACCCAUAAAGAAUAGUUUAAUAAAAAUAAAAAAAAGUUCAAAAGGUUAGGUACACUUUAAAAGGGUUUUGUCACUUCAGCAAAGGCCAUUUAUUAUGUGGAGGAAGUUAAUACAUAUCACUUACUAAUGUAUUAUCCAUAUUGCUUCCUUUGCUGGCACUUUGCUGGUGUAAAGUAGAACUGGCUUAGUUGCCCAUAGCAACCAAUCAGAUUCCACCUUUCAUUUUCCAAAGGAGCUGUCAAAAAUGACAGGUGUAGUCUGAUUGCUUGCUAUGGGCAACUAAGUCAGUUCUACUUUACACCAGUUUGAUAAACAACCCCCUGUGUUCUUCUGUUCCAUCUUAGGAAUAGAAAAAUUGAAUUCAGGCCAAAGAUGGAUCAGUCACCUGAUGGGCUGCAAUGGUGCUUGACUGACCGCAUUGACUGUAUUGGGUUUUUCGUCAUGACGCCUGCCAUCCUACCAGACAUAGUGGCACAGCAUGCAGCAUUGUUUUGUCUGAAAAUUUUGUCAGGAUUUGUAUUGGAGGCCUCAAAUGGAGCGUCCAACACAGAAGUGAAGGAAGCCUGAUAUGAACUUUUAUUACAACCAAUACAUGUAUAUUUGCUUGAGGAAUAUAGAUACCAUUCUGCAUUGCUAUAUUCCUUAUAGGUAAGUAGCAUAUAUUAAAAGUAGACCACACAAUUUAUUCCCAUUUCGACAAGACCCAAAAACAGUAGCUGCUAGAGAGGGUUUAAAGGUGUUCUCCGAGAAACAGAAAAGCAAAAACAAAUAGAAAAUGUUAAAACAUGUUUAAUAUGAAUACAUUCCUAAAUACUUUUAAUAAUUUCUAAUGUCUCGUUUUGUCUAGUUGGGCUAUCAGUAGAGGAAUUAAAAUGUCCGCUGUGAGAUUCCUUCACAUGGAUUCCGUCCUAAUGACAGCAGGACGGCCUGAGUUAUAAUGCAGAGCAGGAGCUGUACGGAGGCUCUGUUCUCUGCUUUAUCGGCCCUGUAAAAUACUAUGGGGGAUUUUAUCAUAUAGGGAAUAUUUGAAGUCUGUUUCACUUGUAUCUGUGUUGGUGUACUUUAUGCCACAUUUAUCAAAUGUCACAUGUUGUUUGAUAAACUUGUCUUAUACUUAAACUUAACACUUUUGUCUAGAAAAACAACUUCAGGUUUCCUGCUCUACUCCUCUCCUGGAGUUAGAUUGCGACCUUUUUUGCGACUUAAAAAAAAUAAAAUAAAAUAAAACGCAAUGGAAAACUCAUUAACAUAGCUCCCCCAAAUAUGUAAGGCCAACCCAAUAGCAUUAUGGCACCUCCAGCACUCCGCAGGUUGUGAGG